GGUGACUGGAUCUUCAGGUAUACCAACCCAGGGGGCAAAAUAUCGCGAGAGAAAAUCAUAUUCCCCGGUCCCCCUCAUCGUCAAAAUUACCCCUUUAACUAGGGGUUCCCCCUGAGGGGUCUGCUUCAAAGCUUGGGGGUCCACUUCUAAAUUCUCGAGCUGGGUCCUCGUGAAAGAGUCGGGUAAUCUUAGGAGAAGUUUUUUAGUUGAGGGAGAGUAUUGCACAUCUUGAAGAGGUAUAUCCCCUACUGCUGUGGUGAUGAGUGGCUGAAUGUCUGAAGUGUGCUCUAUAUGUUUGGGAGGAUUGAGUGGAAAGUCUAGCGUUAUUUCUUCCCCGUUUCGGACAGCUUUCAGGACCCCGCUCUUGGUACGGAACCGCAACUCGUGGUUCGGGUUUUCGAGUCUGUGGAGUAAAACUGCUGACGUGGCCAAAGUCGCGUGACCACACAGGUCGACUUCGACUGUGGGCGUGAACCAGCGGAGGCCGAAUUCCGAGCCGGUCUGGAACGUGGACGCGUCACCUUCUUUCUCUACGACAAAAGCAGUCUCCGAUAGGUUCAUUUCGGCCGCAAUUUUCGUCAUGGUGACGUCAUUUAUACGGUCGGCAAUGUCUCUUCGAAUGAGACAGACGGCUGCAGGGUUGCCUGCAAACGGCUUACUCGAGAAAGAGUCCACCACGAAAGUUUCGAUCUCCAUUUUCAGCUAGCCAGCAUUAGAGCCCCACCCACUCAAAGAACUAGCGCAUGCGCACUAGCUAAACCAACUGAGCCCCGCCCAUAAUGUUUACGUGUGUGUGGGCGUGUGCGCGUAGAGAACGGGAUCGAUCAUGGCUGACUCAACCGGUAUACAACAGAGGCAGAGAGAGGAGGAACAACUUCACGUGGGAGCAGUGGAUGUCCAGAUCCAAUCGGAAGCUGACGACUCAUCAGACAAUCCGCCAGAGUAUGCCACUGUAUUGGAAGAAGGUGGUGCGGGGACAGAGGGCCAAGAAAACGGAGCUCAACCGCUCAGCUACGAGGCAGCAAUGGCAGGAGAUGUCCCGUCACAACCACCACCGUCCACUGAAGUCCUAACUGCUGAGGCCCCGCCCUCUUAUCUUCAGCUGUUUGGUGGCAAGGAGGAGGAGGAGACAGAUGGUGUGGGACGAAGGAGACGUCACCGGAGACUAGAGGGUGAUGACAACGAUGACGAGGGGAGGAUGGGGCACUUGAGACUGCUGAAUCUCAUCCCCACUAACAGAAAAUCUGCCUACAGAUGUGGUGCAGUGAUGGCAUUACUGCUACUUCUGACUGUCCUUUCGCUCUGUAUGGUGGUAGUAGGUUCCGUACAUUACAACCAGUGCUCGGUGCAAGAGGUCCCCCUCUACCUCAUAGUCGGUGGCAUAUUCCUACUGGUAGAGAUCGUUCUUCACUCACUACUGUGGACGGCACAGAAACUGUCUAAUGACGAACCAGUCUACAAUAUCAUCAGGAAAUUUGACUGCAUCGCCCUGUUUCUCGUAGUCUGGCUAGUGGUUGGCUCGGCGUGGAUUUUCAAGGCCGGGAGAGACAAUUUGUGCAGCGACUUCGUGGACCAAGUCACAGCCCCUCCAGUUAAUGUUACUACUACUGGAGAUGUUGGAGAUUCGGAGCUGUCUGAAUCAGGGGCCGAGUGUGAAGAUUGUCCGUCGGGAGUCUAUGUGUUCACGGUGUUCCUCAUUCUGUUCCAGUAUCUCAUGAUUCUACUGCUGGGAAUAUGCUGCUGUACCUCCUCCGUCAGAUAUAGAAGACACUAGCCAUGCAUAUGUCGUGCAGUACCAAACAUAAUUAUUUUAUACUUCUUUUGUCAAUGGCUACUUUGUUGAGAAGCAUUGUAUUAUUAUAAAGCUCAAAAGACAAGUAUAGAGCCACUUACUGUCU